AUGGCGCCCUUUGCCUACCUGAACAAGGCAGAUGCAGAUGAGGGUGUGGACGUGUCAGAUGACGGCCUCAGUGCUUCCUGCAGUGCGGACGACGCAUGGCUGGGGCUUCGGGGUCGUCCUGGCGUGUUGAAAGGUGCCUACCAGUACGAAGUGGAGUUGAAGAACGACUGCUUGCUUCGUUUGGGGUGGGCAGCAGCCGCAGGGCGGCGAGCCCUGGGUACCGAUGAGCGGUCCUUCGGUUUCGGGGGCACCGGGAUGAAAUCUAAUGCCGGCCGCUUUGAGAAGUACGGCGAGAUGUUUGAAGGAAUGCCAGGGGCUGUGAUCACCUGCCUCCUGGACAGACGAGAGCCUCGACGUCACACGAUCAGCUACUGCCUCAACGGCAAGAACCUCGGCGUCGCCUUUCGACUGCCUGCUUGGCUGGGAGAAGUGCCUCUGUACCCGGCCGUGUGCGGGCGCGAGGACUGGCAGGCGACCUGCCGGUUUCGCGACCUGCGCUUCCCGCACGGGGGAUAUCGAGACCUGGACGAGGCUUGCAGCCAGCACGUGGUGACCGACGACAACUCUGUCGACGCGGCCAGCGCCGCUGCUGCGGUCUUUGCAGCGGCCCCGUUCGUGGAAGAGAGGGAGCUGCGCCAGCUGGAUGUGCCGAAUGAGAACCUCAUUGAACUGCGAAGCGAGGCAGAGGUGCCGAUUAAUGGCCAGGAGCUGAAGUCGUGGCUCGUGCAGGAAUAUGGCAUCAGCAGCGCAGACUUCCAUGCGGAAUAUUCGGACGACCAGUGCAUGGCCGUCCUGGCCUUCCCGAGCCAUCGGGUCUCCCGCAGCAUGGCGAAUGCACCGCCGCCGAAGAUGCUGGUCCGGCUGAAGUCUGACUUCAGCGAGGAGGCGGAGGCCAUUCUGGCCCUGCAUCGCCCAAACAAGGGCGCGACCACGGACGCCGUCGCGCGGCGCCUGAUCGCAGGUGCCCUAGACGGAGACACGGUCAUCACCAAAGAGCAGCUGCGGCAGAUCCGGGCGAAGAAGUUGCCAUCCUCGGCAGCUGCAGGAG